GGCAUGUAUGGGUUGGGGUAGUCCAUGAGUCAAGUUGAAUUUAUGUAAUGCUUGAAACCUUAGUUCAGAGGAUUAUAUGCUCCUUGUGCCAUGCCCUCCCACAGGACCAACUUUGAGAACAUGAUGCUUGAGAUGCAACACGACCAGGUAAUGACCGAUCUCAAGAAAAUUCCUCAGGAGAUCAGUGAGGCCUUGUACAAGUGCAAGGAGCUGUCUAAAGAAAAUCAACUUUAUUGCAUCAGGAACUGUCAGCUCCUUACAGAGUCUCUUCAUAUAAAGAACCAAGUAAAAAUUCUGUGGAAUGAGAACAGGCAGCUGCUAAGGGCGCAGAUUGCACUGGAAGAGUGUACUAAGAAAACAAAGAGGCUGUGUGUGGAGGCCAGCUUGAAGAUAUACGACAAGUAUACCCAACAGCAGCAGCAG